AUGGUCGCCAUGUACACCAUCGCCGGCAGGCAGGUCGGAUCACACCACCUCGCCAUGGCCACCCUCGGCUCCGUCAUCGGUAUUGUCGCCCUCGCGACCGGCGGAAAGAAGGAUAAGACUACCCCACCCAUCCAGGCCUCCAGCAGCGAUGAGGAGAAGUUCAUCAAGGAAUUCAUCGCAAAGGCAGAAGCCGAGGGUGCUGCCGCAUCAAAGGCGAAGCACUAA